CCAAGACAUAUGCACUUUUUGUAAAGCUAAAAAAAAAUAAAGUGAAUAAAUAAAAUGUAAGGUUAAAGAAAAGAAUACUCGAGGUGACAAUUCAUAAAAGGAGCUAAUUUUCUCACCAUCUUCCAACAAGUCCCUUCUUUUAUUUUUUGGCUCUCUGUUUUCACUUUCACCAGCUCACAGAAACAUGAACGUUCAUUUCCUGCUUUUCUUCUACUUCGUCUUCUUCAUUCUCUCGUCUCUCAAUGUUUCACCAGCCAGAGACAUUUAUCGUGGGCCUCAGACCAACCCAUUCUCGCCCAAAGCCUACGCUAUUCGCUACUGGAACAGGCACAUUUCGGAUUCCCGACCCGAACCACCGGGUUUCCUCAUCUCCAAAGCUUCUCCUCUCAACGCAAUCGAUUCAACUUUCUUCGCUAACCUAACAUUUCACAACUCGCUUUCUUCAUAUAUCCAUUCCUUCUGUUCAUUAGCCAAUCUCUUCUGCUCUUUCGAUGACCAUGAGUCCGCCGAAAAACCGCAUAGUGGCAGCGCAGGUGGUGGUGGCAGAGACUCUAAUUUCGCCGUCUAUUCCAACAAGAACUUCGCCGAGUAUGGAAGUUCCCGACGUGGCGGUGCCGACUCGUUCAAGAACUAUUCCGAUGGGUUGAACUCGCCCAACGACUCCUUCAAGAAGUACAGCCGAAGCUCAACGUCCCACGCCGAGCAAUUCACCAACUACGCUACCGAUUCCAACGUAGCCACCGCCGAUUUCGCCGCUUACGGAUCCCAAUCCACCGGUGGUUCCGGCGAGUUCAGCAACUACCACCGGCGAGUCAAUGUUCCGAAUCUCCAGUUCACUUCCUACGAUUCCGACGCUAAAGGUCACAGAUUGAAUUUCGCGACCUAUAGCGACGAUACCAAUUCGGGUUCCGAAACGUUCAUUAGCUACGGAAAGAACGGCAAUGGCGAUCCGAGCGAGUUCAUCGGCUACGCCGAGAAUGCCAACAUAGUCGGAUCGGGCUUCACCGGCUACGGAGAGUCCGGAAAUGGAGCGAACGAUUCGUUUAAGGGAUACGGGUUGUUGGGUAACAACCCGCAUAGCAAUUUCAAAGGCUACGGGCUUGGCGGGAAUUCAGGGAUCGAUAGCUUCUCGAAUUAUAGGAACGGAGCGAACGUCGGCGACGAUUCGUUUCAGUCCUACGCGAGGAAUUCGAAUUCUGGGAAAGUGAGUUUCGUGAACUACGGGAAAUCGUUCAGCCUCGGGAACGAUUCGUUCAAAGAGUACGGGAAAGGGUCGGUGGGUCGGACCACAGUCGGGUUCCAAUCCUACAGUUUGGGUCGCACAUUCAAAGACUAUAACAAAAAGGGUCUCACAUUCUCAGAAUACAACAAUUUCAGUACUCAAGCGGCAGUGAAAGAGAGUGGUAGAUUCGUGAAUAAACGAGUUGAACCGGGCAAAUUCUUCAGAGAGUCUGAAUUGAAGCAAGGAAAAGUGAUGGUCAUGCCGGACAUUAGAGACAGAAUGCCCAAAAGGUCGUUUUUGCCCCGAACUAUCCUGUCGAAAUUACCGUUUUCGACAUCGAAGAUUUCGGAGCUUAACGAAAUCUUCGACGCGCGAGAGAACUCGGCCAUGCAGCGCGUGAUAACCAACGCGCUGACCGAGUGUGAGAGAAGCCCGAGCCGUGGAGAGACGAAACGAUGCGUUGGUUCGCUUGAAGAUAUGGUCGAUUUCGCCGUCACGGUCUUGGGCCGUAAUGUGGUGGUACGAACCACAGCGAACGUAAACGGGUCAAAGCGAAAGGUGAUGAUCGGAAAAGUCAAAGGAGUCAACGGUGGAAACGUUACGAAAUCGGUUUCGUGUCAUCAAAGUCUGUACCCGUACUUAUUGUAUUAUUGCCACUCGGUGCCGAGAGUUAGAGUCUAUGAGGCCGACAUUCAUGAUGCAAUGAGCAACAUGAAGAUCAAUCACGGUGUAGCCAUCUGUCAUCUUGACACGUCAUCGUGGAGCCCAUUGCACGGUGCUUUCGUGGCAUUGGGAUCCAGUCCGGGACAAAUCGAAGUCUGCCAUUGGAUAUUUGAAAACGACAUGUCGUGGACAACGACUGAUUAAUGAUGAAGAUAGAAAUUGGUUUUUUGCAGCUUAAGGUGAGAGAGAGAGAGAGAGAGAGA